GGUACUAAAAUUGGGAUAGUGGAUGUUGAAGUGGAUGGAUAUUGACCAUCAGCUUUUUCUCACAACCAAACCAUACAUUAUUUUCCAAAUGGAAAUGGAAAAUAUCUGAAAGCUCCGCUUUCUUCCUCCUCCAACCUCGAACUGUGUCCAUGGCCGCAUUAGCCUCUUCUCUCCAUUUAUCAGCACCACUAUUCAACUUAUGUAGCAGUAGCAGUAGCAGGGCGAAAGCUCAUUCAAAGAAGCAGAAUUUGAAGCAAAUUCAUCUGAGAGUGAGGUGCAAAGGGAAAGACGAUGAAGACCCCUCAGUUCCUGCGUGGGCCCGGCCCGGUUCGAAAGAGCCUCCUCCGUGGGCCCGGCAAGAAGCCCAGAAAGACACCUCGGGCUUUGAGGUUCCGUUCUACGUUUACUUGAUCGCAUCCAGCAUCACCGCCAUUGCUGCGAUUGGAUCUGUUUUUGAGUACGUGAAUGAGAAGCCAGUUUUUGGAGUAUUGAGUUCAGACAGCAUAUUUUAUGCUCCAGUGCUGGGAUUCUUCGUAUUCACCGGCAUCCCCUCUUCUGCAUUUCUUUGGUACAAAUCCGUUGAAGCCGCUAAUAAAGAGGCGGAGGAACAAGAUCGGAGGGAUGGAUUUCUCUGAACUUCAACUAUUUCCCUUUCUAUCACAUCACUUCUCUUAUAUAGGAGUAUCAAUUUUGUGAAUCACCAUCCACCACUUUUCUUUCUCAAACCAUUUUUGUCAUGAAACAAAUGAUCAUAACCCAUCCCACUUUUAUAAUUGUUGUUUACUAAUGUGGAUUGGAAUA